GGCAUAUGGUAGCAGCGCCACGUGAUACCACUGCAACUGUUGCGCGCGCAGUCUGUAAACCAGUACAUCUCCUUCACAAAUUUAGAGGAAGAAGAAGAAACACUCGGAGGAGAUGCCCACAAUCUGUCAUCGUUUUCCAUGUGAUCUUUCUCCUCUGGCCACCCAAUACUACAACACACUACGUUUCACUCGAAGUAGUUCAAUUCCGAAUCCCAUAAAUCGCAGGCGCAGGAUCAUCACACUCUCCACAUCCUCAGCUCCGGGAGAUGUCGACUUGAAUCCUCUGGUGUCUGCCCUGUCAAAGAAAGAUAGUCAAGCUGUGGAGGAGGCACUUGAUGAACUGGGCAAAGUCGGUUGGGCUAAAAGAUGGAGCUCUCAGCCAUAUGUUUCUCGCCGCACGACAUAUGUUCGAGAGCUCACAUCACUGGGGAUGAAAAAUGCUGAGAAUCUUGCAAUUCCAAGUGUUCGAAAUGAUGCUGCAUUUCUCUUCACAGUGGUAGGAACUACGGGGUUUUUGGGUGUUCUUGCUGGUCAACUCCCUGGGGAUUGGGGUUUUUUUGUACCCUAUUUGGUCGGGAGCAUUUCCCUGAUUGUUUUGGCUGUUGGAAGCGUUUCCCCCGGGCUUCUCCAGGUAGCCAUUGAUGGGUUUUCCUCAUUUUUCCCUGACUACAAGGAUAGGAUCACUAGUCAUGAAGCAGCUCACUUCUUAGUGGCAUACUUAAUUGGCAUUCCCAUCCUUGGCUACUCGCUUGAUAUUGGGAAAGAGCAUGUCAAUCUCAUUGAUGAGAGGCUGGAAAAGCUGAUAUAUAGUGGACAACUUGAUUCAAAAGAAUUAGACAGGCUAGCAGUUGUAGCAAUGGCCGGCCUGGCUGCAGAAGGUCUAAAGUACAAUAGUGUGCUGGGGCAAUCAGCAGAUCUCUUCACUCUUCAGAGGCUUAUAAACAGGAGCAAGCCGACACUUAACAAAGAGCAACAACAAAAUCUGACAAGAUGGGCAGUUCUAUUUGCGGGCUCACUGAUUAAGAAUAAUACAGGGGUUCAUGAAGACUUGAUGGCAGCCAUGUCCAAGAACGCGUCAGUAAUAGAAUGCAUAGAGACUAUUGAGAAUGCUGCGGUUGGUUGAAUUGUUGUUUCUUUGUGUGCGCUAACACAUACUCCCUCCGGUUUUUAUUAAACUUCACACUUUUCUUUUUUGGACGGUCUAAAAUAAACUUCACACUUCCUUAUUUCCUUUUUUGGCAAAGAAAUCUACAUCAAAACAGUGUCAAACAGUGCCAAACAGUAUCUCAACAGUGCCAAACAGUGUCUCAACAGUGCUAAACAGUGUCAAACAGUGCCUCAACAGUGUACUCUACAGUAAAGUCAAAUUUCUUUCCUUAUUUUGUGUGAAGUCAAAGUGUGAAGUUUAAUAAAAACCGGAGGUAGUACAUUGAUACACAUGCACUUUUUACAAACGCACGACCACACCAUAAAUUGAGAGUGGGUCCCCUUGCUAUAUACCCAAUGAAGAAAAAAGAUAAACCUUAAUCUUGAAUAAUAUUGUGUUUUUUUCCAAACUAUCCUAGGAUGUGGGUGCUUCGGUAGGUGGGGCGACGACCAGGGUAUAACUUGCUCACGUCUCAUCACUUGAAUCAAAUAACUAUUUUCACUACAUUUGGGUUGUCAUCUCUAUGCUCGGAGAUGGUGUAGAAUAUGCACAGUCGUGUUGCAUUUUAUGCAUAUGAGUGGUGAUUAUUUUACUUAGUCCGUAAUUGGAUGGGAUGUGCCACCCCAACUCUUAGGGAUGUGCCAAAUAUGCGUGAGCCAGGUGAAGGUUGAGGUAUAAUAUGUGCUGAGAUCGCCGUGUGAUAUGGUAUGUGCGAGUAGGGCCGUCACAUAGAUUUAGAGGCCCCGGUUCCAAUGCAAAAUUGAGGCUCUCAUAUAUGAAUAAAAAUAAAAUCACAUAUAAUAACAAACUUAUUCAAUAAAAUUAAUUGUUCAAUGGUUCAAAUAGAAAAAAGACAUAAUUUAAAAUAAUUACAUAUAAUUAUAACACUAUCUCUUGAAUAAAGUUGUCCGCCUGACCGUCUUUGAAGCAAAAUUAUCAAUCAAAAAGAUGUUUCAAAAAAGAACAAUAUCACCUGAGUACAAGCACAAUUCGAUCGUUUGUAUUAGGGGUGGACUCGGGCUGGGCGGCCCGACCCGAAACCGGCCCGGCCCGGUUACUGUUUGGCCCGGCCCGGCCCGGGGCCCGGUGGGUCCAGCGGUUCGGUUUGGCCCGGCCCGGGUGAUGGGCGGUCCGGGCUCGGGCCCUGCUUUAGGCGAACCGGCCCGGCUGGUUCGGGCCCGGUCCGGGCCGGAUUUUAAUUAUUUUUUUUUUGAAAUUUUUUUAAGUUUUGGGUUGGAUUAGGUAUUUUGGGCCAUUUGAGGUGGUUUGGGGUUGAGGGGGAG